AGUCUGAGUUCGACUCGCGCAUGUACAGCAAAGCUCUUAAGAUCUCCGCAGUCCAAUUUCGGCGGACAAAUGAAUGUCGUUUGAAUAAACAGUGUCUUGGACUGACUUUAGUGCCAUUAUUUUAAGUUUUUUGGUGAUAGUGUCAAGAGCGAAGGAAGAAAAAUUGAUUUUAACUGUGAUAGUGUCGUUUUAAGUGAAGAUCUUAGGCACAUGUGUUUGGAUACAUUUAAUAUUUGCGAGUGAUGUCAAGUGCCAAAACAAGUAGAAGAUAGGAAAAUGGAAGGAAAAAUAUCGCACAGUGGUCUCUUGGCUCGAAGCCCUGAAGGCCAUGCAGCGCGUGGUAUGCAGAUCAAAGGCAACGAGGAUCUCUGGGUGGAUAUACAAGCUAAUACCUUCAGAAAUUGGGUAAACGAACAUUUGCCGCAGGAUUUAAGGGUGGCAGAUUUAUCAAGAGAUUUAUGUACAGGCACUAAAGUUCCUUUGCUUUCAGGAGUCAGACUAUGUCUGCUGGUGGAAGCUCUCAGAAAGAAGCCUUUGAAACCUUCCUGGAACAAGAGGCCGGCUAAUCAACAUCAUUACCUGGAAAAUGUAACUUGUGCUUUGAGUGCUAUAGAACAAGAUGGAAUUAAACUUGUAAAUAUAGGUAACACGGACAUAGUUAACGGCAACUUAAAACUAAUCCUAGGUUUAAUAUGGUCGCUAAUCGUCCACUACCAGAUCGGACGAUCCAAAUUUCCUCCUCGAAAACUCAUGCUAUCAUGGCUACAAGCGGUUCUACCAGAAUGCAAAGUUUCCAACCUUACUACCGAUUGGAAUUCUGGUGUGUUACUGUCUGCUUUAGUAGAUUACUGUCGGCCUGGUCUCUUACCACACUGGAGAAAAUUAGAUCGGUCGAACGAGAUAGAAAACUGUCGCCAUGCUAUGAACAUAGCCCAGAAAGAUUUAGGAAUUCCUGCAGUCUUAGAACCGGAAUAUUUAGCGUCUCCGUGGCUGGAUGAGCUCUCCGGUAUGACGUAUCUUUCGUACUUCAUGAAACCCGGAUCCCCAGGAUUUUAUGCAACGCUUAGAUGGGUCAACUCUAGAUUAGAAAGACCUAUUAACAAUUUUACAACUGACUGGAACGAUGGUCGUGUGAUUAGUGAAGUAAUCAGAUCGCUAGGAGGUUCUGCUGCCGCUCCUGAGAAGCUCCGAACUGAUUAUGCCUACUGGGAGCAAAACCAAAUUCAGGCCAUAGACGCUGGUCGCCGAUUAGGCGUUCAACCGGUUUUGUCAGCAAAGGAUAUGGCCGACAGAAAUGUAGAGCACUUAGGUGUCAUGGCGUAUGCUGCUCAUUUCCAAUGGGUACCUGAAAGACCUCCUCUUCACGAUCUUAUCAACGUAACUCUUAAUUCAACGUCUGGAAGAGUUGGAGAACCGACUUACUAUCAAGUAACUCUACUUGACUCGUCACUUUCCUACUCCCAACUAUCCACUGAAAUCCGCGGUCCAGAUAACAAAAUAUACUUGGGCAGCAAGCUACAACAAGGAAAAGGAAACUUUGUGCCCUCUAAAGUGGGUAUGCAUGAGAUCAUCGUGCAAUACGAAGGAGAAGAAGUCCAAGCAGGCCAUUAUUUUAGAGUUUUACCACCACUAGUAGAAGUAGCACCCCCAGGUAUGGCGCCUUGUGCUCUGGGGUCUUUGGUGCAGGUCUUAGUCAACGCUACUGGUGCACCAAGAAGAGAAGACAUCUUAGUAACAGCCUAUAGUCCCAGUGGAAGACCAUUAGAUUGUCCCUUGACAGUUAUAGAUGGAACUAAUAGUGCCACCUUCAAACCAGAUGAACCAGGAGAGUGGAGAAUAGAAAUAACUUACCAGGGAAAACAAAUUCAGGGAGGUCCUUUUACAUGUUCAGUCUUCGACCCGAAUGGGGUACAAGUGUCUGGAAUAGAAGGAGCACUGCCUCUGAUUCCGCAUGCCAUUGAAGUAGAUUGUAGAGGUGUUGGAGUACCAGGAGAAGUUGUAGCAGAUAUAGUACACGACAAGAAAUCUGUUCAUUGUCACGUGGAAAAAAUAGACAAUUUUCACUAUAGGAUACAUUUUACGCCAAAAGAUGCUGGGAAACACAGGGUUUACGUUUACUUUAAUGGUUAUGAUGUAAAAGGGUCGCCAUUUAUGAUGAGAGUUGGUACACAAAAACGUUCCAAAAUAAGUAGCAGUCCGACUUCCCCCUACAGAGCGAGCCCUACAAAUAGAUUUAACAGUCCUAGUCCCAAUCUGUCAACACCCACAAAAAAUUCAAGUUACACAAGUUACAGGCAAAAUGCUAGUCCACUGUUGGACGAAACUCAUAAGUUUGCUCAAGAUUACCACAUGAAAUCUGUAUCUGAAAAAAGAUUGGCAUCUAGUUCGCCUAUUUACCAGGAUCGUACACAUAGUCCCAGUUAUAAUCAAAGAAACCACAGCCCCGUUUACAGAACUGCUAGUCCAAAUUUUCAUCCACCUAGUCCUAGUUAUCGUCCCAACAGCCCACCCAUACAGGGGCGAGACAGUCCGGACUUCAUUACUAGUCGAAAACUAAACGAAAAGAGGUAUGACUUCACCAACAAGAUGUCGUCAAUGAGGCUCGAGGAUUCUAGAAGUCCUAGCUACUUAGAAAGGUCCAGUCCAGACGUAGGCUUUACUUCCACCUCUAGAUAUGACAAAAGAGUAAGUGAAAAUCGAGUAUUUACAAACUCAUCAUCAAAUGGUGUAGACACGACUCCAAUAAUUAAAGUUUCAUCACUCAAUGACCAAUCUUCCUCGAGAAGAGAUUCCUGGGACGCCAUAGCAAAAACCAAAAAUAUUUUGUCGGACAGAAGCUUGGAAUCUUUGGCUAAUUUGACUGAAUCACAGCUGGAUACGGAAAUAAGAAGACGAAAAGCAGAAGAACAUUCUAAAUUUGUAUUAAAGGAGCAGAGCUAUCAGACGAACUAUAAUGAGAACUAUUCUUCAAAGAAGUACAGCGAUAGUUUCGGAAGAAAUUCACCAGUAUACAGUAGGAUAAGGAAAGAGGGAGGUGCUUCGUCGGUUAAAGUUCAGCCUGUUCCUGAUGGGGUGCUAGGCCAACCAGUAGAAUUUGAAAUUGAUGGCAGUGGAGCAGGAUCGGGAGAUUUGGAAAUCUUAGUUGAAGGUGGUCGUGUUACUUCUAGUGUGAAGAGUUUAGGUGGCCAAAGGUUUCGAGCUGCCUUUACUCCUCAUCAAGCCCUUCCCCAUAGAGUAGAUAUCAGAUUUAAUGGGGAGACAGUACCAGUGAAUUUUUCUGCUGAACUUGAUAAAACACUUAGUGAACACCUUACAAAUGCGACAAUUUUCAAAGGUACCUCAAAAACAAUACAAAAUGAUAUUUUGGAUUGCAUGCUAGAAGUAUACGCUGAGGAGAUUUUAAACGAAAUCAAUGAAGCCCCAUUUUUAGCAGUGAUAGCUGAUGAGACAACGGAUGUUUCUAUGAAAUUUCAAAUGGUCAUUGUUUUUCGUUAUGUAAAAAACGGUGCUCCAGUUGAAAGGUUUUGGACUUUUUUGCUUCCAGAAAAACAUGAUGCUGAAACCUUAGCUAACACAAUUUUGAAUGUUUUAGACCCAAUAUUAAAGAAUAACAAAAAUAAGCUCAUUGCACAAAGUUAUGACGGAGCAGCUGUUAUGAGUGGGAUACAUGGCGGAGUGCAAACAAUAAUUAAGAGAAAAUAUGAAACUGCUCAUUUUGUGCACUGUUACGCCCAUCAAUUGAAUCUAAAAGGUGCAGUGCCUUUACUAAAAUUUAUAAUUUCUAAUAAUUUAGAGGACACAUUAACAGAAACCAAAAAGUUGAUACAAAUUCUGGUGACUACGCCAAUGACCACAGCAGAAGCUGAACGUAGUUUUUCAACUUUAAAACGGAUCAAAACAUUUUUAAGAAAUUCAAUGUGCGAAGACAGAUUAACAGCCCUUUCCACACUCUCGAUAGAAAAAAAGUUCAUCGCUUCAAUACCGAACUUUAACGAUAAAAGCAAACCUUGUCACAAAUUGCACCACGUUAACGCAAAUGAUUGGUCUUUAGGCAGCCCUUGGCAUGUCAACAUCAUGUCAAACAACUCAGCCCUCUCCGUCCUCGGCGAGGCAACCCGCCUCGUGCCGGCCAACUCACCCGCUGUCUUCGAGAUAAUCACACCCUCUUCCACUCCGCCAUCUGACCUUCGUGUGCACGUUGUAGCCCCUUCGAAACGCGUAGUCCCAGCCCGGGUAAUUCCCGGCAACAGACUCGGGGUGCACAGUGUGGAAUUUGUACCUACAGAGAUCGGUACACACUUAAUCGACGUGUCUGUUGAUGGAGAAAAACUGCCAUCGGGGCCUCUUAUGGCUAAAGUUUAUGAUGCUGGGCUCAUUCAAGUGGCGGAUGUUGGAGGAGGGGUUGUUGGACAACCUGUACAAUUUAGAGUGGAUGCUAGCCAAGCGGGCGAAGGUCAGCUAGAGAUUUCGAUAAACGAAGGCGAAGUACCAAAUCACGUCCAAGUUGUCGGAGGAGGAAGAUGUUUAGUAUCUUUUACCCCAGAUCAAGCAAAACCCCACCUUAUAGACAUUAAAUUUAACGGCGAAACCGUCCGAGGAUGCCCCUUCGUGUGUGCCGUUUCAGACACUAGUCGAGUGACAUUAUCGCUGUCUCAUUUAGAGCUCAUUCCCGUCAACCAACCCAGCUCGUUCCAUAUGGGUGUGGCGGGUGGAGGAGCUGCUGAACUAGCAGUAGCUGUCAGGGGACCAGUCGGAGAACUCCCGGUCAAAGUUACUGGAGAUAUCCAUUCUGGAUUUACAGCUGAAUUCACGCCUACUCAAGUUGGAGCUCAUCAGAUUAGCGUGGAUUACAACGGCAGACCUGUACAAGGUACUCCGUUCAUCGCGAAAUCCUUCGAUUCCAACAAAGUUACAGUUGGAACAGUUGCCAGAGGCACUGUCGGUCGACCAGUUACUUUCUCAGUGGACGCUUCCGAAGCGGGUGAAGGAAACCUAGAAAUAACCAUCUCAGCUAGAGGUUUGAACAUCCCCACGCAAGUUCAUCCUCAAGGCAACGCUAGAUUCGCUGUCAGCUUCGUUCCCGCUGAAGCAUGCGAUCAUGUAGUGAACGUCGCGUUCAACAAACGACCUGUAGUGGGUUGUCCUUUAAUAGUUAAUGUUGGGGGAAGUGGGACGGGACCUAGUGUUACGUUACCGGGUCCUGGACCAGUACAUAGACCCAGUACGCUGUUGAUUAAUCAUCCUGGACGGCUAGAGGAUAUUGAAGUCAAUGUUGAGGUACCCAUAGGCCCAGGCGGCCAAGCCGUUCCUACACAAGUCCAGCUCCUGGGAAAUGGACAGUUUAGAGCUGAAUUUGUACCACGGGUGGUAGGAGAACACCGAGUAAACGUCACCGUUAGUGGAGUACCAACUGUUGGCAGUCCAUAUGCUGCUAAAGUUUACGACGUCCAGGCUAUCAAGAUCAAAGAAGCUGCUAGCGGAAUUGUGGGAAAACCUGUGACAUUCCUCGUGGAAACAAGUCAAGCAGGCCCCGGAAAUUUAGAAGUAACCGUCAACGGAGGUCUGGUUCCUACAUCAGCUCAAGCUCAAGGCCCACACACUUACGCUAUUUCCUUUACUCCUAGAGAAGCUACAGUUCACUCGGUGGAUCUUCGUUUUAAUGGGCAGGAUGUUCCGGGAAGUCCUUUUAAAUGUGCCGUAUCUCCCGCUGCAAGAAUUUUAUCUUUGGAUACUCUGGAUAAAGUUUCUGUUGGGAAACCGUGUACCUUUGUUGUGGAAAGCCCGAAUCCACCGACUGUUGAGAUUUUGGGACCUGCGAGAAGGGCUCUAGUAACGAAAGUACGUCCCCAAGAAAACACAGUUGGAAAAUUCGAAGUUACUUUCACUCCCAUAGACGUAGGCGACCACAGUGUUGAGGUACGUCUUCAAAGUGGACACAUAGAUGGCAGCCCGUUCCUUAUCAAAGCAUACGAUGCCAAUCGUGUAACAGUUACUGACAUCACAGACGGAAUAGUAGGAAAACCAGUGUCCUUUAGUAUCAACGCUUCCCAAGCAGGCGCUGGUAAUUUGGAAAUUAUCGUAGCUGUAGGGGGACGAAACGUCCCGAAUUUUGUUCAAAGUGAAGGAAACGCUAGGUUUAAGGUCAAUUUUAAACCAACCGAGGCCGCUACUCAUACACUCAGUGUAAGAUUUAAUGGACAACCUGUUCCUGGUUCCCCAUUUAAUUGUAAAGUUAGUCCUGGCAAUACACAGCCCAGAGUUCCUGUAUCAGGAAGUGGCAUCGAACUAGCUGCAGUUGGUCAUCCAGCUGAAAUAAAAAUUGAAGGAGUAACAGGUGGAGAACCUCAGGUUCUAGCUACAGCGCCCAAUGGCAAAACUAUUCCAACAAAAUUAAUAGUUAAUGGAGAUACUUAUAUAGCCAGGUUCAUACCAGAAUCAGUCGGACGCCAUUCCAUUGCAAUCCUUAUCAAUGAUCAGCAUGUUAUAGGAUCACCAUUCAGCUGCAAUGUUUACGACGUCAAUAAAGUUAUUGUUACGGGAUUGCCCGAACGGAAGGGUGAUUUAAAUAGAUCUAUUAACGAAUUGAGCCUUAAAGAUGCACCAAAACCUGCCGAAGUGGGUAAACCAGUAACCUUCAGUGUGGAUGCAGCUCAAGCUGGAGAAGGCACGUUAGAGUUGGUAGUAUCGACACAGCAUACCACCAUCAAAGCUGAAGUGGUAGCUUGCGCAAGAGGCCUUUAUGACGUCACUUUUGUUCCCCUUACAGCUGAAGAUCAUUAUGUGAACAUAACAUUUAACGAUAUGACAGUGGUUGGCAGUCCGUUCCACUGCGGCGUUAUUGAAUCCACGCAGUAUUUCCAAAUUGGUGCUACAGCUUAUAUUGAUCUGCCUAGUGAUAACCAUAAGAUUGAGAUUAGUGAUCCCAAUAAUCAUCACGUUAAAUAUGUUGUUAAUAAUUACAAAGGAGAGUUUAAUUUAACACAGACUGGGACAUACCGCGUUAAUAUUUUAAGGGACAAUGAAGUCGUAGCUACGAGAACCUUCCACGUGUUUGAUACCACAAAGAUAGAUAUUAUAAAUGCUCCAGAAGCGAUAUGUCAUCGGCCAUCUGCCAUUGGAAUUAAUAUGAACAGAGUUGGACCUGGAAAACUGACCGCAGCAGUUAAGGUCGGCAACAGGGAUGUCUCACACAGCGUCAGGCAAAGUCCUACCAAUGCCAAUAUGUGGGAAGUCAUAUUCCAUCCAGUACAAGCAGCUCCUCAUCGAAUAACUUUGUUCUACAAUGGGGUUCCAAAGUUUGGAGUAUUGGAGAUUCCAGUUAAAGGACCCGGAAGUGAACCUUGGGCCGGAGGAUUAGGUUUAUAUCAGGCAAAAGUGGGCAAAGUAAACUCCUUCCAGAUCGAAACCCAAGGCAGAUCAGCCAGAGAGUUCGACGUAGUUGUAAGCGGGCCCACUGGCUCCGCAGUACCUGUGCGCUGCUACCAAACUAAAACCGGGAAAUUACAAGCCGAAUUCACUUCUAGAGAAAUAGGAGCACACAAAGUGGAAGUUCUGCACCAGGGAAAACAUCUCGUCGGGAGCCCCUUCGUUUGUCAGGCUUUUGAUCCUGAUAAUGUCAAAAUCACUGAUGUGCCCACGUCUCAAGGAAAUGUCGGAGAUAAAGUUUAUUUUAAUAGUAAGGUCAUGUUCUUGCCUACACUAGCGGGUUUAUAUCAAGUAGCAAUUACAUACGGUGGAAUACCUGUAAAAGGUUCUCCUCUAGCCUUAGGUGUAGGCCCUGUAGGUCCUACACCACCUCCUCGAGCUGUUGGAAAAGGCUUGGAGUUUGGAAGAGUCGGGGAAAGGAGCAGCUUUACUGUCAGUAGUGUAGUACAACCCAGAGUCUCAGUGGAAGCUGUAGAAGGAAACAUCGAUGUGCAAGUUCAAAGCCAUAAACCUGGAGAAUAUCAAGUAUCCUACAUACCGAAAUGGGUCGGAACUUACGAUGUUAUUAUUAGUAUUGGACCAAAUGAUCUUUCAGGAGAAGGGCUUAGUCCGGGAGAGCACGAAUUUGAUAUAAGAUUUGCUAAUUACCCAUUACCAGAAGCGCCAAGUAGUAUUAUUUGUCUUGGAGACCAAGUAGUACUGACAGGAAGAGGACUUGCGCAUGCGCAGUGUGGGGAAGCUGCGGCUUUUACAAUUGAUGGGUCCAAAGCUAGUAUAGGAAAUCCUGAAGUAACUUUACAUGCUGCUGACAACAACAUUCCAGUUCCUGUGAUGAUCAGUUUAGCGGGUGAUAAAAUUUGGAAGGCUGCAUAUACAGUUAGCAUCCCUGGGAACUAUUUGUUGUCUGUUCUGUGGGCUGGAAGACCCGUGAAGGGCUGUCCACUCGUUGUGGAAGCUAAAGGAGGAGCAGAUGCUUCAAAGGUGCUAUGUUCAGGAGAAGGUCUGCGCCAAGGAGUAGUAGGUCGUGAAAUCCGCUCUUGGAUAGACACAAGGAGAGCUGGUCCAGGAGAACUAACAGCUCACUGUGCAGGUCCCAGAAAAGUGGCAUAUUGUGAAUUGUACGACCACGGAGAUGCUACGUUUACCUUAAAUGUCAAACCUCAGGAACCUGGAAGACAUGCGCUGACCAUCAAAUACGCCGGCCAGCACGUACCAGGAUCACCUUUCACGCUUCGGGUUGCAGGUGCUCCAGAUGCUUCAAAGGUUCGAGUAUAUGGACCUGGCAUAGAGCAUGGAGUACUAGCCACUUUUCAAUCAAGAUUUAUUUGUGAUACGCGAGGUGCAGGAGCGGGUCAGCUAACAGUGAGGGUGAGGGGGCCCAAAGGAGCUUUUAGAGUUGAAAUGCAGCGGGAAAGUCAAAAGGACCGUACUAUUCUGUGCAAGUACGACCCCACUGAACCUGGCGACUACAGGGUGGAGGUAAAAUGGGCAGGAGAGCUAGUACCUGGAUCACCUUUCCACGUCAUGAUCUUCGAUACACAAGAAGAGCUUAGGCGGUAUAUUAAUACUUUGUGAGACCAACGAAUCUACUACUGAUUUUAUUGUAUCAAUGAAUGUCGUAUUUUGUUUAAAUGACGACAUUCUAUUCAAAACGAAAUAUUGUGUCAUUUGUACAAUUUGGCGGGUCCAAAAUAUUAUUUAUUUAUUUUUUUAAAUCAUGGAAAUGUAGUGGUAAAUACAAUGUGCAUAAAACAAUACUAUUUUUGUAUAUCAAAUAAUCUCUUGUCUAUUACUGAUUUUUUAUUCAAUCGUUUUGCAGCUUGAGCUCAAUAUUGAUGCGUCUCUUAGGAAGAUGGUAGUACUAUGCUACUACCGAGACCUAUUUUUGGUUUAAUAAAAUUCUCGACAACCUGCUUAUUCUAUUCAAAUAAUCUAAUUAUAUUCAAUUAAUAUGUUUUGUUCCUUAAAGAUGUCAAAGCUAACGCAAUAUCGAGUUUUAUCAUAUUUUACUGAAUGAACAGAUUUUACAGCAUUUUUUUCUAAUUGCUUACAUCACAUUGUGCCACAAAGACGCCAUAUUCCUAAAAAACAAACUGUAUUGAUACGCUGAUGUUGGCCUCAAGAAUUUAUUCCUUAACAGAUUUAUGUUCUUCUAAAUUUUUUUACAUUGUAUGUGCCAGAUAUGAUAUCAUUUUCACUUUUGUUGUAAUAUUUUGGAUACCUUCAAAGUUAGAUCUGAAUAUGUCACCGAAUAAAUAAAUUUUUUAUUUGUGUUCAUGUUUUCAACGGAAAAGAAUCUGUGGAACUCGAUGAUUUGUAGCUUUAAGAGAAAUGUACUAAUGUUUAAUGAUUUUAAAUUUAUAUAUUUUUAUAGAUGAUGCUAUUUACUUCAUUUUAAUAAACUGUUACGAAAAUAA